UUCUGGAACGUCGAACGUCCAUCGUCCAUCUCCAGCCUCCAACCGACGACCGGCGUUUGCCAUGUUCGUCGAGCGCAAUUUUGAUUGACUUUUAUUUGUGUUAAUUUUGCAGUGCGCUGAGACUGAUCAAAACUUUUCAGCACCUUUUGUCCAGCGGCAAGAAACCUUGCUUCGGAUUAAGGCUUGCUUUCUUUUCUAACAAAAUGAGCGACAGCGAAAACGAGAGGCCGAGGCCACCCAAAAAGGGUGGCAAACAGGCCAUCGAGGACAUUUACCAGAAGAAAACGCAGUUGGAGCACAUUUUGCUGCGACCCGACACUUAUAUUGGUUCCGUGGAGCCCGUGACAGAGAACAUGUGGGUGUACGACACCUUGGACGCGAAGAUGACGCAGAGGAACAUCACCUACGUGCCCGGCCUGUACAAGAUUUUUGACGAGAUCCUGGUCAACGCGGCCGACAACAAGCAGCGGGACAAGAAAAUGGACUGCAUCAAAAUCAACAUCAACCCCGAUGACAACGAGAUCAGCAUCUGGAACAACGGCAAGGGCAUCCCAGUUGAAAUGCACAAGACGGAGAAAAUGUAUGUGCCGACCAUGAUAUUCGGACACUUGCUCACUUCGUCCAACUACAAUGACGAGGAGGAAAAAGUCACCGGUGGCCGUAACGGUUACGGUGCCAAAUUGUGCAACAUCUUCAGCAACAAGUUUACGCUUGAGACGUCUUGCAAGGAGAGCAGGAAGAAAUUUAAGCAGACGUGGGUUGAAAAUAUGGCCAAAGUUGGAAAUCCCAAGAUUGCAGAAUCUUCCAGUGAUGAUUUCACUAAGAUUGUUUUCCAACCCGACCUCAAGAAGUUCAAGAUGGAUAAGCUAGACAGAGAUAUUGUGGACCUCAUGUCGAGGAGGGCCUAUGACGUUGCAGCUUCCACUGGCGGAGUGAAAGUCUACCUGAAUGACAAGAGGAUUCCUGUCAAGAACUUCAAGGAUUAUGUUGAUCUGAUGCUGAAGGGCCAGAAUGAUGAGAUUGGAAACCCUGUCAAAGUUACUUACGAAAAGGUCAGCGACCGUUGGGAAGUCGCCUGCUGCAUUUCGGACUCUGGUUUCCAGCAAAUGUCAUUUGUCAACAGCAUCGCCACUACCAAGGGUGGAAGGCACGUCGACUACAUCACUGACAUGCUUGUGAAGCAGCUUGCCGAGGUCAUCAAGAAGAAGAACAAGGGUGGGGUAGGUGUCAAGCCGUUCCAGAUCAAGAACCACAUGUGGGUGUUCAUCAACUGCCUCAUCGUAAAUCCCACCUUCGACUCGCAAACAAAGGAAAACAUGACUCUGCAGGCCAAGAACUUUGGCUCCAAGUGCCAGCUUUCCGACAAAUUCGUCAAUGCUGUAAUAAAAUCUGGAAUUACUGAGGCUGUUAUUUCGUGGGCCAAGUUCAAAGCUCAGAGCCAGCUUGAAAAAGUUGGUGGCAAAAAGAAAAACAAGAUUAAGGGUGUGCCAAAACUUGAGGAUGCAAACGAAGCUGGGUCCAAAAACGCUCACAAGUGUACACUCAUCCUGACGGAAGGAGACUCGGCCAAAUCUUUGGCUGUGUCUGGCUUGGGAGUUGUCGGGCGAGAUUUCUAUGGAGUUUUCCCCUUGAGAGGUAAACUGUUGAAUGUGCGAGAAGCCACACACAAACAGAUUCUGGAAAAUGCCGAGAUCAAUAAUGUGAUCAAGAUCCUUGGCUUGCAAUACAAAAAGAAGUACAACAGCCCUGAGGACAUGAAGACCCUUCGAUAUGGCAAACUCAUGAUUAUGACUGAUCAGGAUCAGGAUGGCUCCCACAUCAAAGGUCUACUCAUCAACUUCAUCCAUCACAACUGGCCAGAGCUGUUGAGGCAAAACUUCCUUGAGGAGUUCAUCACCCCCAUCGUGAAAGCAAAGCACAAGACUUCAAAUGAGGUUUGUUCCUUCUACUCCAUUCCUGAAUACGACGAGUGGCAAAAGACUGUUGACGUGAGCAGAUACGACAUCAAGUACUACAAAGGUUUGGGUACCUCCACUUCUAAGGAGGCAAAGGCAUACUUUGAAGACAUGGCCAGGCACAAGAUCAAGUUCAAAUAUGGCGGAAAUCAGGACGACAACAGUAUAGCGAUGGCAUUCAGCAAAAAAUUUGCUGACCAGCGCAAAGAGUGGCUCAACAACUGGAUGGAGGAGAACAAACGGAGGCGAGAGAUGGAUUUGCCAGAUGUCUAUCUAUACGAGAAAGAUACCAAGGCUAUCAACUUCAGCGAUUUCGUCAACAAGGAAUUGGUGCUCUUCUCCAAUGCUGACAAUGAACGAUCCAUUCCUAACAUGAUGGAUGGCUUGAAACCUGGACAGAGAAAGGUACUGUUCACCUGCUUGAAGAAAAACUACAAGAAGGAAAUCAAGGUCGCGCAGUUGGCUGGUUCGGUUGCCGAGCUCUCGGCCUAUCACCACGGUGAAGUGUCUCUCAUGUCAACCAUCAUCAACUUGGCCCAAAACUAUGUCGGCUCCAACAACAUCAACCUCCUGAUGCCCAAUGGUCAGUUUGGUACCAGACUUCAGGGAGGCAAGGAUGCCGCCAGCCCCCGUUACAUCUUCACCAUGCUCAACCCCAUCACUAAGGCUGCGUUCAUUGCUCAUGACACACCGCUGCUGACUGAGCAAUUUGAAGACAAUGACAAGAUUGAACCCAUGUGGUAUUGUCCCAUCAUUCCAAUGAUUUUGGUCAAUGGUGCUGACGGCAUUGGCACCGGUUGGAUGACCAAGAUUCCUAACUACAACCCGAGGGAGAUUAUCGACAACAUCAAGAAAAUGAUCCGAGGAGACAAGCCUUCGGUCAUGAUCCCGUGGUACAAGAAUUUCACGGGCCACAUCGAGUCUGUUGGCCAUCAGCGGUAUGUUAUCAAUGGGGAAAUUCGUGUAAUUGACGAAACCACUGUUGAAAUCACUGAACUGCCCAUCGGAACCUGGACGCAGGUGUACAAGGAGUCGGUCUUGGAGCCGAUGCUCCAUGGCACUGAGAAAGAAAAGGAAAAGGAGAAGGCGACAAAGGGGAAAAAGAAGUCUGCCAAUGAUGACGAUGCACCUGAGAAGCCAACUAAAGGAGGACCUGUCAUCACAGACUUCAAAGAGUACAACACAGACACAACUGUAAGGUUUGUCGUCAGCAUGCCUGAAAAGACUUUGGAGAAGCUGGAGCAAGAGGGCUUGCACAAGGCAUUUAAGUUGCAAACGACAACUACAACUACGUCCAUGAUGGCUUUUGACGAGUUGGGUUGCAUGACCAAGUUCAAUCAUGUCAAUGAGAUUCUGGAGCACUUUUUCAAAGUGCGGCUGGAACUGUACAUCAAGAGGAAAGCAUAUCUGCUUGGAAUGCUGCAAGCCGAAGCCAAGAAACUCUCCAACCAGGCUAGGUUCAUUGUGGAAAAAUGUGCUGGAGACAUCACAGUCGAGAACAAAAAGAGGGAGGCGUUGAAGAAUGAGCUGCUGGCCCGAAAGUACGACUCUGAUCCAGUGAAGGCUUGGAAGAAGGAAGUGGCCAAAGAAGAGGACGACGACGAUGAUGAAAAGGACAGGAAAAUCAAGGAUAAUGACCGUAAUGAAGAGGUCGAAGAGGGCAAGGACUUUGACUACAUCUUGGGCAUGAAGCUGUGGUCACUCACGGAGGAGAGAAAGAGGGCUCUCCUUGCUGACAGAGACAAGAAGUUGAAGGAAGUGAAAGAUCUCGAGGCCAAAUCACCAGAGCAGCUAUGGCUUGAUGACCUUGAUAAUCUUCUUGAAGUGAUGGCCACUCAAGAAGCUAAGGAGGGUGAUGACAAGAACUAUGUCAAGAAAGCUGUCAAGGGUGGCCGAAAGGCAUUGCUUGCUGCCGAGACCAUGCCAUCCCCUCAAGGAAGACGCAUUGUGCCUCAAGUUGACACCGAGCUGCGAAAGAAAAUAGAAAAGGCAGUGUCAAUGAGAGAAAAGCAGGUUGCUAAGAAAGGCGUCAAGACUGAGGACAUUGACGAGUUUGAUGCUGAACUUGGUCUCAACAAUAGUCUCUCGUUGCAAGCCGUCAUUAAGAACUCUCCGCAGGAAGUGGAAAAGAAACUCAAUGUCAAAAGAAAAGAGAUGAAGCAGACUAAGUUGAACUUCAAGUCAGCACCCAAAAAGGCAGCUAACAAGGAGUUUGACUCGACUGGGUCUGAGGAUAAUGGAGUUGAUUCCGAUAGUUUCGACGCAGUGCUGAACAGUUCUACUGAGCGCGCCAGGGAGGCUCCCAAAAGGGCAGCUGCUGCCAAGGCCAAGUUCAACUUUGAUAAGGAAGACAGUGACGAAGAAAUGAAAUCAGAUUCUGACUUUGAAGUGAACCAUCAGUUGGGGGAUGAUGCAGCGCCCACAAAACACGCCAUUAAUGUGAGUUCGGAUGAUUCUGACUUUGGCGUUUCCAAGAAGAAGGCAAAAAUCUCAGCAGACUUGGAGUCGUCCGAUGCCUUGUUUGACAAGUUGAUAGGAACUUCCAGUCCUGAAAAAGAGAUCAGGUCGUCUCCAUCGCCACCUCCCAAAAAGGCUGAGCCCAAGAAAGCUCCUCCCAAGAAGAAGAUCGUCAGGCUUGAUGAUUCAGACUCUGAUUUUGACAUGGGUGACGAAAAGCCUGCAAAGAAGAAGCCGGCGCCUAAAAAGAAGGCACCCUCAGACUCUGAAGAGGAAAAGCCAAAAAAGAAAAAGGCACCUCCUAAGAAGAAGAAGCAAUUGGAUUCUGGAUCAGAAUCUGAGGACGAAAAGCCUAAGAAGAAGGCUCCAGCUAAGAAAAAGGUGGCUCGAUCUGAUUCAGACUCUGAUGACGUUUUUGCCUCAAAGCCCAAGAAAGCAGGCAAGAAGAAGGCAAGCAGCGGUGAUGAGUCUGAUCUGUCAAUUGGUGAAUUGGCUCCUAGAGAAAGGGCAGUGGUUGGUGGCAGGUCACGCAAACCUGUCUCGUACAAACUUGAAUCCGACGAUAAUGAUAGUGAUUUUUAAGUGAAAAUCCUCACUUCUCUGCAUUUACAUUAAGAAACUUAUUGUAUUUUAGUAGGUAAUCAUCGAUGUUAAAUUAUUCUCUGUCAAAUUUCAACAAUUCUCAUGUCGCAACUUCUCAUUUGACCAGGAUUUUAAUAAAGAAAUUCACUAAAUAUUUUACUUCUAAUUUGUAU